GCAAGCUACGGAUGUCAAGUGAACAGGUUUCGGACGUUGCAACAUUGCUAUUCCCAAACAAACCUCGGUGUCCAACUUCCUUCUAGGAGCAAUUUCAUAUACAUCAUGUGCAUACGGCGAUUGUCCUCUGUUCACCCUUCCACGUAGGCAGCCUUUCCUGUUAUCACGCCAGCGCAAUUUCUACAAAUAUCACGUUAAAUAUGUUCUCCCGACGCAACAAAGGAAUCCGUCCUGCUCGUGGCCCGUCUCCGCAGCCACCUCACCCACAGGCCCAUUCGGAGUCCCAUGUUCCGCAGGUCCGUGUCACUGAUGCCCAAAUAUCGCCUGAUCACGACAACUACCGCCGCGAUCAGCUCGGAGUGCCGGCAGGUUCUUAUCCUGAGCCCGAAGUGGCUGCUCAGAUUGUUCCUUCUGGUGAUCGCAGUGAUCGCAAGAAACCAGCAUUUCUAAUGAGGAUCCUCCAAAAAUUGAAUCCUGUCCGCAGCAAGCCUAGCACUGCUGAACCUCUUGGGCCAUCCAGGCCAACUACUCCAUUCCUUCAGCCAUCCGGGGAUGAUGCGGUGCCACCUCCAUCUCCCCGCACCCCUACCGCCCAUGUUAAUAAUCCUCGUGAAUCGUCUGGGACGCAUGCCACGCCUGACAAUCGGCUGAACAUCUAUGCACAAUUGGAGCGUGAGGAUGUCAUCAUACCUUUCGUAUCGGAACCCACGACCAUGCCAUCGGCCAACUCAGGGAGUGAUCGAAAAAAAGUAAUCAUCGGCGCUACAAGGCUGGUUCUACAAAAUGCAGCCGACGCUCUUAAAUUCGCCCCGAUUGCGAAUCUUGAUGCAAUCCCGAAUUUACUUCUGACGUGGCUCCAGGUUUACGAGACUGUUGGCGGAAACGACGAUGAACUCGAAGGAUUGGGUGAUCACAUUCGAAAGGCUUAUACCACCAUUUUGCAGCCGCUCGAGCUGUCGACGGACCAAAUUCCCCCAGAAGUGAUUCAGUUUAUUAAUGGGUUUCAAUCGGCCCUUAAGGGGCAGAUAAAUGAGAUCGAGUUGCUCAAAACCCGGAAUCUUGCAACAAAAGUGUUCUUAGCAGCCGAAAUCGCCAACAGGAUAAGUGGUGUGAAGAUGUGUAUAAAUGAAGCCCUUAACUCGUUUUCGACGCAGGCAACUAUUUUAACGCUUCUUCGCACCAUUGAAGCAUCGGUGGAAUCUUGAGCGACUUCCGUGGGUCCCAGCUGAGCACACCUACGUGAAGAGCAAGUCGGAGUGCCUUCCAAGCACACGCGUCAACAUACAAAAA